AGACACUUCACAACUGUGCAGUGAGAAGCUUUUUCGCCUGCUUCAUGGAUUGUGCUCGACGAAAUGCGCAAUACAAAGAAAAGAGCAAACCCGUAAUUACAGACUGUUGUGAUAGUGUAUCCCUGACCACAGCAGGGAGAGAUGGUUGUUGUGGGGGUGAGCAAGGUCUAAUUUUUAUUUUCAAUGCCUUUUCCCUGCAAUGCUACCUGCAAGUGGCCUGCAGGUUCACGGGGCUGUGCUGUCCUACUUGGUGCAACUACCAAACCAGGUGACAAUGCUCCCAGCCAGGAUUCUCCCAAUGGUGCAGGUGUAGAAUGAUUUUAACCAGCAUUUUGAAUAUGAGUGGUGAAGCUGACACUUAAAAUGACUCAAUCCUGGUGGUUUUCUAUAUGUAGCGCCGAACAGUCUGUUUCUGACGUAGCUGAUCCCAGCAGUGGUGGGUUAAAAUGAUUGUUGAUACCAUUAUUUGAAUCGAGAUUUCCCCUGACUGCAUUAAUUAUGAUAAUUAAGAUUCUUAUGAUUAGCUGGCCAGGUUUGAAUGAUUUCUUAGUUUUAUUUCCUACAUAGAGUUCAUUGGAUCAUGAUAUAGAAAACCGACAUCAAGAAAAUAUGCAUAUAGGACUCACUAAUUUUAUUAUUACAUGCUGUCAGGUCAAUAUUGUGUCAUUCCUCCAAAACGUUCUGUCUUCUAUUCAGGUCAUGAGGGACGUUCAUUGCUGUGACGUUCUUUAACAAUGUCAUGAAGUGUAAAUGGAAGGACCAGAAUAAGGGAGCAAGGAAAUCUAAAUGAAAACACACGAAGAACAAAUCUAAAGACCUGUGAUUCUUUUUUUCCCAAUUUGUUCUUUCGUAUAAAACAGAGAGAUGGAAAAUGAGCAGGAUAAAAAUCAUAACAGUUACAGCUCAUGAAAAUCGAUCCAUCAUCCAGCAGCUUAUUCAACACAAAGUGCUUGAGAGUUUGGGGCCUAAUCGAAGAAGCACAGGGCACAAGGCAGGGGGACUUCCUGGAUGGGAAGUCAGUCUGUAACAGGACACACACACUCACUCAUUAUGGGCAAUUUAGAGGCUCCAAUUCUCCUAACCACACAUUUCUGGACUGCAGGCCGAGACCCCCACAACAAAAUGAGAACAUGCAAUCUGCACAAAACAGAGAGAGAGAGAGAGAGAGCAGAAUUCAAUUACAGUGAACUGCAAAUGGUGAAUCAAUGGAGGUAAAAGCUAAGACAAGGAAACUAAAACCAAGAAGGGUAAAAUCCAUGACUGUUAAAUGGACAUUAAGCAGGAAUCCACAAGGACCAUCAGAAAACUACACAUUGGGUGAAGGCAGAUCAUACAAACAAGCAACAUGAAACUGAAUGUGAUGGAUGUGUCCUGUGUCCUAUGCACUGACACUUGGAAACAGUGGGAAAAAAAUAUGUGCAUCCUAUCAUUUAUAAUCUAUUGUGAAUGCUAAUGAAAGUAGCUAUUAUCAUGCGUUAUAAACCACUAAUUUGUUUAACUUACUUAGAUACAUUAUUGCUUCACAUUGAGUUAAAUCAGACAGUGCUUAAGAUUCUCUCCCACAGUGAGUUUCAAAGUCUGUUAAAUGGACCGGCAGAGCCAAAGACGCCAGAGGCAUAUCUACGCGAAUUGCUGUACUAUAACAUACACAAGCAUGCAAAUUGAUAAAAAAAAAAUCAUAUUUGAGGAAAAUGCAUGAGUUGUCCUACACACCAUUAGUUUUGAACACAUAUUUAUUCUAUCUGUAGUUUCAACUAUGUCGAAAAACAAAUGUAUUGAUAUAUGCAUGUAGAAUACAUAUAUUUUCCUCGAUUUUAUAUUGAUUACCUGAUUAUUAAAAUCUGCCGCUCUAAAGGCAGCGUGUGCACUAUAUCCACAAGUCGAAGGUCUCUCAAAUGACAGUCUUUGCCCGACGACCCAGUGGCCCGGAAGUAGCGCGUGAUUAGCUGUUAGCCACUUAGCUCCCGAACUGUUCCGGCUAGUGUAUCACCGUUAGCUAGCACAGGCAAAUGAGACUGGUGUAACCGCAAGAACCUUUUUCUAGUCUGAAGUGUUGCAGAUUGUCGGCUACCCAGACAGUGCCGAUAAUCCCACACAGAUCCUAAAGCGUGUGAUGCGAGCUAGCUUCCUAAAAAAUGUCGACUUCUGUUGCUUUCCGGGGACAGUUAACAUCCGUCAUGGAAAUCCUGACCAAGACCGCCGUGGCGGAGAUAAUCAAACUUGUGGAUGAGAGCUGCGCCGCGCUGCGCUCGGAAAUGUCGCGGAGCCGCAGCGAGAACGAAGCGCUGCGGAUGAAGCUGAAGCUGAUGGAGGGGGAGCUGAGCAGGCGGCCGAAGCGGCCGGACAGCCCCCAGGAUCAGUGCGUGGAGUUACACAGCACCGUCCGCGUCCUGGAGGAGGAAGAGAAAGCGAAGGACCAGCCCCCUGUGGAGGUGACUCUGUGUGGGAGGACUUGGGACAUGGACGUCUGGGGAGACGCAGCAGGCGCGGAUCCAGCUUCAGAAGAGGACGUGCUGCAGUCCGCCUUUCCCAGGGACGCGGUGAUGUACUGGGGGGAGGAAGAGCAGGAGGCGACUCUGAUGAGGGGGAAGAAGCUGCAGGACUCCUGUCUGACCAGCGUCCCUCCCCCAGGAGGGAACAUCUGUGUCCAGGGGACAGACGCUCAGGAGAGACUCCGCACUGCACAUGGCUUCAGUGAUACGGGGACUGAGGGUGCAGGCGACUGCCCCUCUUCAGAAAGAUCCAGAGAAUCGGGGCUUCAGGACCCUUAUACCCGCCCCUGUACUGAGACAUCCCCUCCAGCAGGGGGCUCUGCUGUCAGCCGGUCCGCUAAAGGUUUAGCCGAGGAGAAGCCCGAAGCUGACCUGCUGACUUUAGUGGUCGUUAAAGAGGAAGCUGAGAUGCAGCCUGUGUGCAGUGAGGAGGCUGCGAUAGAGGGGCUUCACGCGAAACCCGGGCACAGCGGCGGAAGGCCGCGAGACGUCAAGGCGGAGGGCUGGGGCUCACAGCAGCAUCGGCCAUUAGACAGACAAGAUAGAGAGAAGCUCCCUGAGGACGCGAGUGCGGAGAAGGAGCAUGCAAACAGCAGUAACCUCAACAGCACAAAGACUCAAAAUAAGCCUGUUACAUCAAAGACUACAUCAAACGGUACUGACGACGAGGAUGGUGCAGCCCAUCUCAAUAACCUGUUUGUACACUUUGAGCACCAAACUGGAAAGAAGCUGUUUAGCUGCACAAUGUGCGGGAAAAGUUUUAGCCAUCGCAAUAACCUCUACCGCCACCAGAGGAUUCACACGGGGGAGAAACCGUACAGCUGCAUUCACUGCGGCAAGCAUUUCGCCCAUCAGAGCAACCUGUACGAGCACCUUCGAAUCCACACGGGCGAGAAGCCGUACCGCUGCGCCGUGUGCAGCAAGUGUUUCACCCAGCAGAGCAACCUGAAGCGGCACCAGCGGAUACACACCGGAGAGCGGCCCUUCGGCUGCACCCAGUGCGGCAAGAGCUUCACGCGGCACUUCUACCUUAAAAUCCACCAGCAGGCUCACACGCGAGAGAAACAGGACGGCUUUAAGUUCGGGAGAAGCUGGCAUUUUUAAUUACUUUUUUGUUUAUAGGUUUCUCUAGUUAGCAUAAUCAUGAAAAAAUGCUGUACUUUAUUCAAGGUCAUUGAAAGGGCAUCGUCUUCUAAGGGGUGAAAUGUAGCACCUGACAAAUUAAAAUAUUACUUGUUCUGCAACACUGUCAUGAAAUAAAUACAUUUUCAUGUGA